AUGCUGUGUCAGCAGUGGACGUGCAGGUGGGCUCAGCCCUGGGCCCUGCUCCUGCUUCUCUUAGGUCCCCAGCUCCUGGUGACUCAAGACUGGGAUUCCCAAGAGGAAGCGAAUGAUGAUGACCAACGAGCCUCAAAGAACUACUUCCUUGCCACAGUGGAGUACGGCUUACACGUAUUCAACCUGAGGAACCAGGACAGCAAUGCCUACAAGGUGGUGCGCAUCCUGAGGUCGUGGAAGGAGCCGGUAGUGUCUGUACAAACCCAGGUUGAUUUCGGCAUCGUGUUCUCCACGGAGCUGCAGCUCGGCCGAACCAGGUGUGGAAAAUUUGACGAAGACAUUGACAACUGUCCGUUUCAAGCAAGUCCAGACGGGAACAAUACCAUCACCUGCUUCUUUACAAUCAUCACUGACCCAUGGAGAACAAAGUUUCAACUCUUGAACAACACCUGCUCGGAGGGCUCCACUGACUGA